AUACUUAUAAAUCUUACAACAUAAUAUGUGAACAACUCUCUCAAGAUGUGUGGCCGCUACAGUUUAGCUCUGGUAAGCCCAUUCAUUUCUCUCGAUCAAGACGCUGCUAAUCAAUGGUUCAGCGACCAGGUCAGGUUCGAGCGUACCUGGCGGGUGAGAAUAUGCCGGUUCAUGAAGCUCCGGAAGACGAUGCUGAAGGAGGACCUCGCCAGAGCUACAAUUUCGCUCCAGGUUACCAUGGCAUUGUUUAUAGAGCCGACACUCCGGACUAUGGUGCUGGACCACGACAACAUGCCAAGGGAGAUGCAGAGAAUGGACCAGAGGCAGGAGCUUCAGAAGCGGAAAAUGAUCCCAAAGAGACUAGAUACAAACUUCAAUCAAUGCAAUGGGUUAGCGAAGCCCCCUUUUUGAACUUGCCUCGUUUCCAUCCAAAGAAUUUCUUCAUGCUCUUCUCUUCUGCGAGCCUCGGUGUUGAUUAUUGUAUUUAUUAGGGCCUGAUUCCAUUUUGGACGAAACGAACCCCCGACUACGGCUCAAUGAUGAAAACAAUAAACUGCCGAGAUGAUUCGCUCAUUGAAAACCGCGGAAUAUGGACAACAAUGAAGCAGAAGAAGCGUUGCAUAGUGGUAGCGCAAGGAUUCUACGAAUGGUUGAAGAAGGGCAAAGAGAAAAUUCCCCAUUACACGAAGCGAAAGGACGGACAAUUGAUGUGUUUUGCUGGCCUUUGGGAUUGCGUUCAAUACGAAGGUAUUUACUUCCUUGGCUCUUGGGAGGGCGUACUAAAUCCAACAACAGGUUCUGAUGACAAACACUACACAUAUGCCGUCAUCACGACCGAUUCCAAUAAACAGCUCAAAUUUCUUCACGACCGCAUGCCUGUUAUCCUUGAAAAUGGCUCUGAAAAGGUGCGUACCUGGUUGGACCCAAAACGGUUCACAUGGUCAAAAGAACUUCAAAGUCUAUUGAAGCCGUUCGAUGGAGAACUAGAAUGCUACCCUGUAAGCAAGGACGUAGGAAAGGUAGGAAACAACUCACCCACCUUUAUUAUUCCCGUGGCAAGUAGCGAGAACAAAUCCAACAUCGCCAAUUUCUUCGCAAAAGGAGACUCGAAAAGUAGCACAAAACCGCCCACGACAACGAAACCAACUCCCGUUGAGGAGGAAGAUGUCAAGCGAGAAGACAUCAAGAUGGAAGAUACUAAAAAGGAAGACAUCAAGCAAGAAAACCCCGAAGAUGAUCGUAAAACAGUCGACCACACAGGAACAGAAGACAACGCUCCCCUUCCCAUCCCAGAACCAGAAACCAAGAAAGGAACCAAACGACACCUCGAUGACAUCCCGGACGAAGAUCCUCCAAAGAAAGCCUCCAAGACCUCUGAAAGCACCAACAAAUCAACUCCUCCUCAAAAGUCAACUCUGAAGACGAGGAGCGCAACAAGUAACAACACAACCAGUCCUUCCAAACCGACAGGCGCAGCGAAAGGCACCCCCAAAAUCACCAAUUUCUUUAAAAAGUAAAAGAGGAUCGCUCUUUGGCGUUCGGGGUAUGUAUUGAUUGCUGAGGGCGUCAAGGGAGGUGUUUUGGGUGAUAAAGGAAGUUUUGUUUUUGCGGUGUGAGUAAG